AUGGAAGCUGAUGGCAAUAUUCUUGUUCCUUUGCGUCAGAAGGCAAAAAAGAAAAGUCAAGGGUUCUUUAUAAUGAGCCGACGGAGGAUAUCGUGCAAAGAGCUGGGGCAAGCCGAUUGCCAAGGAUGGCUCUACAAAAAGAAGGAAAAAGGAGCUUUCAUUGGCAACAAAUGGAAAAAGUUCUGGUGUGUGCUAAAGGAGUCAUCGCUGUAUUGGUACAGCAGUCAGCUGGCUGAAAAAGCAGAAGGAUUUAUAAGACUUCCAGACUUCAGUGUGGAUCGAGCAAUUGAAUGCAAAAAAAAGCAUGCUAUUAAGAUCAGCCACCCACAGAUCAAGACAUUUUAUUUUGCGGCAGAAAAUGUUCUGGAAAUGAACACGUGGCUAAGUAAGCUGGGAAUGGCUGUAGACCCUCAGGCACCAAACAGGAAGAAUGAGGAAGAAUGCUACAGUGAAAGUGAACAUGACGAUCCAGAAAUAACAGACACGCCACCUCCACCCUACGCAGUCCAGACCCCACCUCCUCCUUCGGAUCAGCAGAAGUCAUCAAUCACCUCAACUCUGUCAAGUGAAGCAUCUUGUUCUCUCUCCUCUCCUGAAAGCACUUUCAAUUCCCAAGAAUCAUCAUCUUCCUUGACAUCCAAAGUGGUUUAUUCCGAGAGGCAGUCUUGGCUUGACCUGGUUAACAGCUCUGCCACGGAAGAGGGUGAUCAGCCUUUAACGUUCUGCGUACAGAUUCAUUCGGACGAGGCGCCAGAAGUGGUCUGUGGAGAUGCAGCAGAAAGCCAGGAAGUCUGGCUUUCCGAACCCACUGGUGGAUCCCAAACCUCUUGCUUAAGUGCAGAUACACAUUUUCUAGCUGUGCCAGAUGGAACAGGACAGCGAUCACUAGCCAGAGACCAGGAAAAAUGUGAUGAUGAUGAUGAGAUGGAGCGACUUUACAAGUCAUUGGAGCAAGCAAGCCUGUCUCCCAUUGGUGAUCGUCGACUGUCAACUAAGAAGGAGCUUAGGAAAUCAUUUAUCAAGCGCAGCAAAAACCCCUCCAUUAAUGAGAAGCUCCACAAAAUUCGAAUGCUGAACAGUACAUUAAAGUGUAAGGAACAUGACCUGGCCACGAUUAACCAGUUGCUAGAGGACCCAAAGUUGACAGCAGUGAAGUACAGAGAGUGGAGGAGCACAAACAUCAUGCUGGUCCAAGAUAUAUAUCAGCAGCAGGAGGUCCAGGACAUGUCCACAGAGAAUAGUGAAGACCAAGAGAUGACUCCACAGCCAGUCACUGAAAGUGCUAUUUAA